AUGGCCCUCGCUGAGGGGGCGGCCGUGCCCUACGCCGUGGAGCUGGGGCUCACCGUGCUCCACACGGCGCUCUACGCCGCGCUCUUCCUCUUCGCCUACCUGCAGCUCUGGCUGCUGCUCUACUACCGCGAGCGGCGGCUGAGUUACCACACGCUCUGCCUCUUCCUCUGCCUGCUCUGGGCAGCCCUCAGGACCACCCUGUUCUCCUUCUACCUGCAGAAUUCCCUGCAGGCCCUCCGCCUCCAGCAGCCCUUCGCCCACUGGCUCCUGUACUGCCUGCCCGGCUGCCUCCUCUUCUCCAGUCUCUGCCUCCUCAACCUCUAUUUCGCUGAGGUCAUAUUCAAAGUGAAAUGUGCAGCUGAAUUCAACAAGUACAAGGUCCUGUUGUACCUGGGCUCCAUCCUCACCAGCCUCCUGUUCCUGGUUGUGAAUUUAACCUGUGCAAUGCUGAUCCAUGGUGAGGUCCCAGAGAAGCAGCUGAGGUGGACGGUCCUGGCCCGGGCUCUGCUCAAUGACAGCCUCUUCAUCCUCUGUGCCAUCUCCCUGGCCUGCUGCAUGUGCAAACUGGGAAAGAUGUCUUCAGCCAAUGUCUACCUCGAGUCCAAGGGAACAUCUGUCUGCCAGGCUAUUCUGGUGGGAUCAGUAGUGGCCCUCCUGUAUUCCUCAAGGGCUUGCUAUAACCUGGUAGCUGUGGCCAUAUCUCCAGACAAUGUUCCUGGUCCUUUUAACUAUGGCUGGGACAACCUUUCAGACAAGGUGCACGUGGAGGUGAGCAGUGAGGAGUACGUGGUGUUUGGAGUGGUCCUGUUCCUCUGGGAGCUGGUGCCAACCACUUUUGUGGUGCUGUUCUUCCGUGCUCAGAGACUGAGCCAGAACCUGACUCCAGCAGGGAUGGUCAACAGCCACAGCUACAGCUCCAGGGCCUAUUUCUUUGACAAUCCCAGGCGCUAUGACAGCGACGAUGACUUGUCACGGCUCGGGGCCAGGGAAGGAGGCUUGGCCACCCCUCAGUGCUCGGGCUGUUACGGCUCCCUGGCUGGCACGGACAGCGGGAGCGCUGCGGACAGCGCGCCCUUGCUCUGCGCCGCUGGCGGCUCGGACAUCAACCACCACCACCACCACAGCUCCCACCCUGCCCCACAGAACUGAGGAGGCUCCCUCUCUUCCCAGAGUGGCACUCGUGUAUAGGAUUGUAACCUGGUUUUCCUCUUUUCCUCCUCUUCCCC